AAUGUAUGAUAGUGAAAAAAACUGCAUGGAAAUUUCAACAACACGACUAAGCGAGGGUCAUUUAGAUUUCUUUUACUUUCAAUACUUCCGAAACUUCCAAAUUGUAAAACGAAAAGAUGCCAGUUCCCAGUGGAAGUUUGUACGGAGGUCAAGGUAAACCAUCGUGUUACGACAGAGUAUCCACUUCAUUUAUGAUGGGAGCCACAAUCGGAAUAACUAUUGGAAUUCUAUUCGGUGGCUUAGGUGGCUUGAGAUCAGGAUACAGAGGCCGAGAGCUCGUUGGCAGUAUGGGAAAAACUAUGCUGCAGAGUGGCGGAACAUUUGGCACGUUUAUGGGUGUUGGUGCUGCCCUUAGAUGUUGAUUAAUAACUGUUUAUUUAUUAUUAGAUACAUUUCUUUUUUAAAACUUUAUUUGUGUAAAACUUAAUUUCUGAUAUAAACUACAAUAAAGAAUACAUUAUUGUUUAGUAUACAUUAGUUUUUAUACUGUAAUUGAUAAAAUAAUUUAUAUUUGGUUAAAUUGAAUAUUCAUAAAUUACAUUUACCAUAGGUUUAUAAUAAUACUACUCAUUAAUAUCCUAUUAAAGAUUUUAAAGUUAUAAGUCAGAUGAUACUAAUUUUUAAAUAAUUAAAAAGUGUAACAUUGGCACCAUUUCAUAUUUUUCAAGUCAAUGGCAACAUUUUGAAUGGCUAUUUUACAAAAACUUAAUAUUUUGUUCCUCUCACAGUUCUUUUAUUUAUAAUACGAGUAACCCCCCAACCACCUCCAUUCCCAUUGUAAUAAACAUGUUUAUUGUUUGGUAA